GCAUUGACCAUUCAUGGUAAAAUGUGGGUGUGUUGUGGGCGGAAUGUGAGGUGGAUCCACCUGUGCAAUCUUCCAGCUGGUGUGUGAUUAUAAAGAAAUUGCAUGCAGCUGUGCUUACGCACAGUUUUAUAAAUCAGGGGUGAAGGGCAUACGCCAAUUUCGUAUUAUCGGCGUACGCAAACUUUAGUAUGGAUCCUACGCAAUGUUUUAUAAAUGAGGCCCCAGGAUCUGCUGCUCAGGACUCCACCUCAGAGUGAAUCUGUUCCUGCAGCUCCUUCAGCAGUGGACAUGAGCUGUGUGUUAGUGGAGGCAGGGUUGGGUUAGGGUUUGGAUCUUCCUGUUCCCAGCAGACUCUGUCUGAGAUGUUCCCGAUGUUCAGAUGAUGAUUAUCUGUAGGAGGCGACAACAGCAGAUGAGCUGGUUAGAAAUGUGUUGAUUUGUGUGUCUUUGUGGUAAAUAUGUGAUAAUAACUGUUAACAGAAGAUUGCUGUGACCUCACUUUUAUUUACUGUCUCUGUGUGUCUCAGGUGUAUUUAUUUUCCAGAGGAUGUACGGCUGUGAAUGGGAUGAUGAGACAAAUGAGAUUAAUGGGUUUAAUCAUUUUGGUUAUGACGGAGAAGACUGGAUAUCAUUGGACCUGAAGACAUGGACGUGGGUUGCUGCAAAAGCACAGGCUGUCUUCACCAAACACAGAUGGGACAAUGACCAAGCUCGAAUGUCAUUCAUGAAGUAUUACUUCACCGAGCAUUGUCCUGAUUGGCUGAAGAAAUAUGUGAAGUAUGGGAGGAGCUCUCUGAUGAGGAAAGAUCUUCCAUCAGUGUCUGUCUUCCAGAAGACUUCCUCCUCUCUGGUCAGCUGUCUCGCUACAGGUUUCUACCCCAACAAAGCCGACUUGUUCUGGAGGAAAGAUGGGGAGGAGCUUCAUGAGGAUGUGGACAAAGGAGAGGUCCUCCCCAACCAUGAUGGAACCUUCCAGAUGAGUGUUGACCUGAAGAUUUCUUCUGUCGCUCCUGAAGACUGGGAGAAGUACGACUGUGUGUUUCAGCUGUCUGGUGUCAAAGACGUCCUUGUCACAAAACUGGACAAAAGAAAAAUCUUUCCCAUUGAAGGUUCUUCAAGGAUCCAUGUUGCUGCUGUUGCUGCUGUUGCUGCUGUUGGUGUUUUAGGACUGUUGGCAGUCAUUGCUGCAGUCAUCCGGAGAAGAAAACAUCACGGUUUUUGA